AUGAACUAGACUUUAUUUGAAAAUUGGAUCACCAAUUAGCUAAAUCAAAAUGAAGAUACUCAAAAGACAAAGAUCAAAAAAGAAAAGAAAAAAUAUAAAUCAAAAGAAUAUCAAUAAAAUUAAAAGGAUAUGAAUGAAUUAGAAACAUUAUUUAGUCAAUUAACUUUAUCUGAUAAAAAUUAGAAGUAGUAAUAGAUGGUAAAGAUUGAUUUUGAAUAAUUUUCUGACAUUUCUAAAGUUUAUGAUGAAGAAUUCUUGAAAUGGAUUUUGUCAUAAUUUAGACUUCUUUUCUCUUAGAGAAAAGUUAACUCAAUUUCAAGCAAGCUAGAUUUUCUUUUUAAUUUAUUAUUUGAUGAAGAAGAAAUUAAAUUUUUAGAAUAAGGGAUUUGCUCAAGAUUAGGAUUAGAUAAUGAUUCUUUCAACCUUUAAGAAUAAAAAAUUUUUCUAAAAAAUAUUUUUAAGAAUAUAUUUGAAGUUUGA